UUUACUACUGGAUCAGUACAGCUUGUUUCAGUGUUGACAUACUUUAAAGAAUUUCUCGGACAUUUUCUAAUUCAGAUUUAAAUUCUGCGAAGAGUGGUUUCAUAUUGUCAAUCUGCAUUUCUGGAUUCAACGAAUACAUUUGGACUUCCGUGUUACCAGAACCAGGAACCAAUCAGGUGAGAGCCCUCGGUGUGACAGUUGGUGUCCGCGCAUGCGCAGAGCUCUUUCCUCUCUGGCAGCAACAACAACAGUCGGCGCAGAUCGGCGGCUCCUCUUCUCCCAGCGGCAGCAUCACCGUCGUGCUCGCCGGCUCCGGCGGUGGCAGAGAGGAUGGUCCAGCGGGAAAGCCACCGAGGCUGCGAAUGACAGCGAUAAGGACGAUGGCCCUCGAUGUUCGCCGGUUCCCGAGUGUGCGACCAGUGACCCAGUGAAACGACCGUGGCAGGAUAACGCUGAACCAUGUUGCUCUAAGUUGUCACCUGUGGUGAACGGGGGAGGAGGAAGAGGAGGAGGAGGGAGGAGGAGGAGGAGGGAGGCGUAGGCAGGCAGACGGGCAUCUGCCAAAGCUCCCUUUAGGAGGCCUUUUGCAAGCUUGAAGCCAUGGGCAACACAGCCACCAAGUUCCGUAAGGCCCUGGUGAGUGGCGACGAGGCCCUGGCCUGGCAGCUGUAUGAGGGAAACCCUCAGUUCAGGGAUGGCCUGGACCCAAACGCAUCGUAUGGAGAGCAGUACCAGCACAACACGGCCCUGCACUAUGUCUGCCGCCACGCCAUGACACGUCUGCUCAGGUCGUUCCUGUUCAGCAAAGAGGGGAACCCCAACAAGCGUAACGUGCACAAUGAGACGUGCCUCCAUGUGUUGUGCCAAGGGCCGCAAAUCCUACUGCUGCCAGAGGGAGCACUGUCACCAAGACUUGCCCGGCCACAGAGGGACGAGCAGCGCCGUGCAGACUGCUUGCAGAUGAUCCUCAGCUGGACCGGAGCCAGGCUGGAGGGAGGCCAGUACGAGAAAGCCAAUGUCAAUGCCACCGACAACCACCACAGCACCUGUCUGCACUACGCUGCUGCUGCAGGCAUGAAGAGCUGUGUGGAGCUGCUAAUCCAGAGUGAGGCAGACCUUUUUGUGGAGGACGAGGACAAGCUGACGCCGUGUGACCACGCUGAGCGGCAUCACCACACUGAGCUGGCCCUCAGCCUGGAGUCGCAGAUGGUUUUUUCCUCCUCUUCAGCUCAGCAGUCCAACACAGACGCACAUGGUGAAUCCAACCUGCUGCAAUACAAGGAGCCUUACGAGGGACUAAAGCUUCAGGACCUGCGCCGGCUGAAGGACAUGCUAAUCGUGGAGACGGCAGACAUGCUGCAAGCCCCCCUUUUCACCGCUGAGGCGCUGCUCCGAGCGCAUGACUGGGACAGAGAAAAGCUUCUGGAGGCCUGGAUGUCAGACGCUGAGGGCUGCUGUCAGCGCUCUGGUGUGGCCAUGCCCACCCCACCGCCAAGUGGCUACAACGCCUGGGACACUCUGCCCUCACCCCGCACCCCUAGGACCCCGCGCUCGCCCCUCACCCUCACCUUGACCUCUCCCACCGACAGCUGCCUCACACCUGGAGAGGAAGGCCUGGCUACGUGUGGAAUCUGUCUCUGCUGUAUCUCGGUCUUUGAGGACCCAGUGGACAUGUCCUGUGGACAUGAGUUCUGCAGAGCCUGCUGGGAGGGGUUCCUCAAUGUGAAGAUUCAGGAGGGUGAUGCACACAAUAUUUUCUGCCCGGCGUACGAGUGUUAUCAGUUGGUGCCCGUGCAUGUGAUAGAAAGUGUGGUUUCCAGAGAGAUGGACCAGCGGUACCUACAGUUUGACAUCAAGGCAUUUGUGGAGAACAAUCCUGCCAUCCGCUGGUGUCCUGCAGCGCGUUGUGAGCGGGCAGUGAGGCUCACCCGUCCGGGCCCCGGGGACAGUGACCCUCACAGCUUCCCCCUACUUCCCUCCCCAGCUGUCGAUUGUGGCAAGGGUCACCUCUUCUGCUGGGAGUGCCUUGGCGAGGCCCAUGAGCCAUGUGACUGUCACAUGUGGAGGAACUGGCUCCAGAAAGUCACAGAGAUGAAGCCUGAGGAGUUGGCAGGUGUGAGCGAGGCCUUUGAGGAUGCUGCAAACUGUCUGUGGCUUUUGACCAACUCCAAACCGUGUGCCAACUGCAAGUCGCCCAUUCAGAAGAAUGAGGGCUGCAAUCAUAUGCAGUGUGCCAAGUGUAAGUAUGAUUUCUGUUGGAUCUGUCUGGAGGAGUGGAAGAAGCACAGCUCGUCAACAGGAGGCUACUAUCGCUGCACUCGCUAUGAAGUCAUCCAACAGCUAGAGGAGCAAUCCAAGGAGAUGACUGUAGAGGCAGAAAAGAAGCACAAAAGUUUUCAGGAGCUUGACCGUUUCAUGCACUAUUACACUCGCUUCAAGAACCAUGAACACAGUUAUAAGUUGGAGCAGAAGCUGCUGAAAACGGCUAAAGAGAAGAUGGAGCAGCUGAGCAGAGCCUUCAUUUGCCGUGAAGGCACUCCUCCAGACACGAGGUUCAUCGAGGACGGUGUGUGCGAGCUGCUGAAGACGCGGCGCGUGCUGAAGUGCUCUUACCCAUACGGCUUCUUCCUGCAGCCAGGCAGCACCCAGAAAGAGAUAUUUGAGCUCAUGCAGACGGAUCUGGAGAUGGUGGUGGAGGAUCUGGCGCAGAAGGUGAACCGGCCGUACCUGAGGACACCGUGCCACAAGAUCAUCAGUGCAGCCCGGCUGGUCCAGCAAAAGAGGCAGGAAUUCCUGGCAUCUGUGGCCCGUGGCGUGGCUCCCAAUGACUCUCCUGAGCUUCCCCGCAGGAACUACCCGGGAGGAUCAUGGGACUGGGAGUACCUGGGUUUUGCCUCUCCUGAGAUGGGGAGUCGUCACUCUGUACUGGGAGCAGAUCAAAGAGAGAGACAGUCACAGGAUUAUGCUGACAUUCAGUACCGUCGUAGACACCGGCCGCGGCGCAGAGGAGACAUGCUGAGUCUGCACAACCUCAGAAGCAACAGCAACACACCAGAGACCAGCAGGAGAAGUGACAACACAGAAGCUCCAGAGAGGAGCGAGGGACGUAGGAGAGUGCUGGGCUCGCUGGAUGAAGACGACCCGAACAUCCUCCUAGCAAUCCAGCUGUCGCUCCAGGACUCCCGCAGAGAGCGAGGCCUGGAGGGAGUGCUGGACGGGCGACCGGAGCUGGAGCAUGCCCUGGACAGAGGACAGGAGAGGAGGCCGGGUCCAGCGGGUGACCUCAGAGAGGUUGCGUUGCACUCCCUCAACACAGAUGGUCCUCUAGGAGCCAGACGCUCGUCCUUCCCCGCCUCUCUCCUUGAUCCUCCUCGGCCCCCUAACAGGACAGACUCCACUUCCCAGGCUCCCACGUCCAUCCCCCUCCCGCCCCCACCUCCCUCUCUCAGUGCAGAGCUGCUGGAGUUGGGAGACAGCCUUAUGAAACUGGGGAACAUAACCACUCCUUACGACCUGAACACACACACGCAGGAACAGCUCUGCUCGCACCACACAUACAACCACGGCGCUCUCAAUGCUCCUUAUGCCGCUGAACCUGCUUAUAGCGACUGCAGCCAUAGACAAGACCAUAUCACCAUCACAAAUCCUCGCUAUGAUGGCAAAGAUCAGAGUUACUGCCACUCCAGUGCUUAUUUGGCUGACACUGAACACACUGCCUCCUGCGUAAUAGAUCGCACCCAAAUCACACAAAACCCCGCCCUUCCUUGUCCAUAUAACCGGGAACAUGCGGCCACAUACGACAGCACCCCGAAACCAGACAGCUCUUACAACCCCUGCCCAGAACACAGUAGCUCUUACACUCAGGAGCGGCCCGCUGCCUAUGUUCUUGAGCGCCCACCCAAAACAGACCCCCAGGACCCUGCCCAGUUGUGCCUCCCAUCUCCAGAGCUUGAGCCGGAGCUGCUACUUUCACCAGUGAUCCCCCCGGGGGGCCCUUUCACACCCAGUGACCCUCAGAGUCUGGAAGCCCUGGACCCCACAGCCAGUGCCCAGCUGCUGGACAACAUCAUGGCCUGGUUCAACAACAACAUCAACCCGCAGAACAACCCCCAGAGCCUGGCCCUCAUCCCCUCCCCGCCCACCACAGAGACCGAGUCCUCCCCUGACACACACACUGAGACUGAGAGCCAGACCUCCAGGGGCGUGACCCCCGCCCCAAUCUGGCAGCCCCUGGAGGGUGAGCCACAAGCGGACGGAGAGUUGGUGAGUCUCUAUUUAGGUGCUGCCGGGGCGGAGGCCCCGAAGGCAUUGAGGCCAAGCACUCUGGAGCUGGAACACAGAGAGGCUGGCAAGGAGGGUGUGGACGAAGGGUGUGUGGCGGACCUGUCGCUGGACGAAGCGCGCACACACCCGUGCACACACUCCCAACGUGCAAACAGCCCCGCAAACACUGCCCCGGCCACAGAGACAGACUUAGAUCUCGUUCUUCAGCUGGAGGUGGAUGAAUCACCUGAGGAGUGGGAGGAGCAAGUGCACCUGGUGUGAUGUAGUAGAGAGAAAGUUGAAUUAAAUGGAGAAAGAUAGAGAUGAGAGAGUGAUGAAAGAGGGAAGAAAAUCAUCAUAGAGAGCAAAACACUAAUGGAAAAAGAGAUGCAUCAGUGAAAGAUGUAGGUCUUAGCAGGUUGAGUGUUUACUGUAUGUAAUAUACUGUAUCUAGAGAGGACAUGAAGCCCUGCAGACUUUGUCCAGUAAAGAUGAUGUCAUACGCAGUUUGAUUUAUAAUUAUUAUUAUUUUUCAAGUGCUUUUGUUUGUUUUUGAAACAGACAAACUAUUCUUUGAAGACGAGUAUUUAAAACAGCUUACGUCAAUGGAAAGCUACUGAUAUCACACAUAAGACAUAAAAUGCUGCACAUGUUUUUGUUAUUUUCUUAUUUUUAUUUAUUCCCCACCUCCUGUAUUUGUCUCCUCAGUUUGUUCAGGGUGUAGUUUUGGUGCUGCUGAAAAUCCAAACUUGCCUUGUAAACACUCACACUUCAUUCACACACACACACUGACCCAACCACGAGCUUUUUCAGAGUCCCAAGAGCCAAAACACGGUCAUACCUGUAACCUUGGAGCUUGUUAGCGUACUGUACAAUCAGAGGGGCCUAAUUCAGAGUUUUGGACCUUCACGCACACUGUGCCUGUUUUACGAGAGCCAACACACUACUGAUCUUUCCUUUUCGGGAGGCCGCGCAAGAACCACGAUUCGCCCGUCUGCUCAGUGAACUUCACUCUGGUGCGACUGGCUUUAUCUGGAUGUUGUGUAUCAAUUAUUUUGUAAUACUCAAGACGAUCAGAGGAUGAAUUGUUUUGUCCCUCUGCACUGCAAGGUCAGGGGUCGCUCUCAGCUUCAGAGCAGCAGUAGGAAUUCAUUGUCUUGCUCAAAAGAACUGUUGCAUCAUGGGUGCUCGUUUUCAGGGGGGAUUGAUCCCCUUUAUUUUUCCUGCUCGCUGACACAUCCAGCUACUCAUUCCUCAAACUUCUGUCUUCAUCAGAGACAAGCUGUCAUCCAUACGUUUCAUUAAGAUUUCAGUAUUUUAGCUGCUUUGGCUCAGUUUUCAAAACGGUUUCAAUGUGACACAAGAUGCUUUAUGCUUACACAACGAAAAGAGUCUCAUCAGUGAUCAAAUAAAUCUGUCCUUAUAAAAUGCUGUAAAACAUUAACUAAAUCUGUAACCAUUAAGUUUCUUGAAGAUGUGUCAGAGAAUGAUUACAACAUCAAAAAAAACAUCUAAUGUUAAUACAUAUAAGGAAGUCUGGAGUAAACAGUUUACUGCAUUCGUUUUAAUUUAACUUACAGCAGAAUGUUUCCAGACUCCUCCACAUUCCUGGAAAGCGUCACAUUAGACCACAAUGCGUUUUAAAUAAGAAUGUAUUAGUUUGUUUUCACAUUGAUCUGAGCUUUAGCAGCUAAAAUGAAGCAAAUGAAAAUACUAGAGACGUUUGCUGUUUCAUAUCUUUUCCACUACUGAUGGCGAGUACAGUGCUCUGUUGUUAGUGGGCAGAUCCGUUGGGUUUUUACUGUAAUUUAUCCAUUUUUAUUCCUUAUUACAGAGAUGAAAUCUCUUCCAGUUGAGACCAGAGUCGUUGGGUCUGUGUGCCUUUUUUGUUGUUAAUCGUAUUUGUUUUAUUUGUCUGUAUUUAUUAGUGUCAUUACUUUUUAAAAGGAGUUGCUAAUGAACGUAAUCGGAGGACACACCACUCGCGGCUGUUGCCACAAAUACACUGAGGUUUUUGAUGCACAUUAGUAUUGUUUGUUCUUUCAGCCCUGAUUUAUCUGACUCGACUUCAUCCCCAGAGAGAACAGGUUCAUGUUUCAACCAAUUUAUUUAAUCAGAAAUAUUUUUGAGGCUCUGUUAAUGAAUUAAAUCUCAAUUAUUCACUUAUUUGAUUGUCCACGAUAAUUAACAUCCACUUUAUCUUAAUGUU